UCGUAGUAAGUUGUAUGAAGUGUAAAUUCAAUAGUACAUCACUAGAUAAAUACGUAUUUAUUCAAAUUGUUGGAAAAUAGGAACAUCGGGGUUUACGUGUUAGCCCUACAAUGCGAGAAAAAAUGCCGCCAUUAGCCUUAUACUGUUGACAAUUAUUUUGUUCUGUUACAGAAACAGGCGAUGAUGUUACCUUGGACGAUAUAUCUUCUGACAAGUCUUCUCGUCCCACCAUGUUUGCCAACUCCACAUCGAGGACGUCAUCAUCCCUCGGAACCACACGCCGAAGCCUAUCACAUAUCACGUGACCCCUUCGAUCCUCACAGGGACUCGGAGGAGUUUAGAAGAGAUGCCACUGACGAUAAGCGGGAGUUCACAAGAAGAGACUCUACCGAGGAAGAUCCUCUAAUUGUUACAACUAAAAAGGGCAAAGUAAGGGGUAUGACAGUAACGGCUGCAACCGGUAAAAAGGUGGAUGCAUGGUUAGGAAUUCCCUAUGCCCAGAAGCCAAUUGGAAAUUUAAGAUUUCGUCACCCACGCCCAAUAGAGAAAUGGGAGGGUGUUCUAAAUACUACCGAACAACCCAACUCAUGUGUACAAAUCAUAGAUACCGUAUUUGGUAAUUUUGCGGGUUCUAAUAUGUGGAAUCCAAAUACACCUUUAAAUGAGGACUGUCUGUAUAUAAAUGUAGUGGUGCCGAAACCGCGACCUACGAAUGCUGCUGUAAUGGUUUGGAUAUUUGGUGGGGGAUUUUACUCGGGUACAAAUACUUUAGAAGUCUACGACCAUAAUAUUAUAGUCUCAGAAGAAAAUAUUAUAUUAUGUUCUAUGCAAUACCGCGUCGCUUCCUUAGGGUUCCUAUAUUUCGGUACUUCCGAUGUUCCGGGCAAUGCCGGUAUGUUUGACCAAAUGAUGGCACUACAAUGGAUAAAGGAUAAUAUUGCUUCGUUUGGUGGAAAUCCUAACAAUAUUACUUUAUUUGGUGAAUCUGCAGGAGCUGUAUCAGUAUCCCUUCACCUUCUUUCGCCAUUAUCUAGAAAUUUAUUUUCGCAAGCUAUAAUGCAGAGUGGUAGUCCUACUGCUCCUUGGUCGAUAAUCUCAAGAGAAGAAAGUAUUCUUAGAGGUCUCAGAUUAGCAGAAGCUGUCAGUUGUCCUCACGAUAGAAAUGAUUUAAGCUCAGUUAUUGACUGCCUUAAGAAGAAAGACCCCAUUGAACUUGUCAACAACGAAUGGGGCACAUUAGGGAUAUGUGAGUUUCCUUUUGUGCCUGUAAUUGAUGGAGCAUUUUUAGAUGAGCAUCCAGUAAGAGCUCUAGCUAACAAAAAUUUUAAGAAAACUAAUAUAUUACUCGGUUCCAACACAGAAGAAGGAAACUAUUUUAUUAUAUACUACUUGACAGAAUUGUUCCGUAAUGAAGAAAAUGUUUACGUGAACAGACAAGAAUUUUUGCGUGCUGUUACCGAACUUAAUCCUUACGUUAAUGCGGUAGCAAGACAAGCCAUUAUUUUUGAGUACACUGAUUGGUUGAAUCCAGAAGACUCUGUAAGCAACCGAAAUGCACUAGACAAGAUGGUGGGAGAUUAUCAGUUUACUUGCAAUGUUAAUGAGCUAGCUCAUCGAUAUGCAGAAACUGGUAAUAAUGUAUAUAUGUAUUAUUACAAGCACAGAAGUGUAUCCAAUCCUUGGCCUUCUUGGACAGGUGUGAUGCAUGCUGAUGAAAUAAAUUAUGUCUUUGGUGAGCCGUUGAAUCCAACUAAAAGCUACACCGCUCAAGAAGUUGAUCUCAGUAAACGUAUUAUGCGAUAUUGGGCCAAUUUCGCUAAAACAGGUAACCCCAGUUUAAGUCCGAACGGCGUCUGGACACCGACUUUCUGGCCAUUGCACACAACAUAUGGAAGAGAGUAUCUUACCUUAGACGUCAAUUCAACUGCUACCGGUAGGGGGCCCAGACUCAAGCAGUGUGCCUUUUGGAAAAAGUACCUACCUCAGCUGCAGCAGAUGACGGGUGAGUUAAUAGAAAAAGCAGAGAGGUUUUCAGUGCAGAAUGAAUAUUAUAUGGAGUUAUAUAAAACGAAUAGCCGGAGAAACAAUAUCACUAACGUACCUGCGAGCUGUAGAAUUGAAAUAGUAACGGAAAAUACAACGCAAACGACUACUAUUGAGCCUCACGAUCAAACUGUUGAAAAUAUAAUUGAAAUAGAAAAUAAUUUUAGUGAAUCUGAAAACGUUACAGCCGUUGCAGCACCUAUUACAACAACCAACUCAAUUUAUGUCGCUACAGAAAAACACUUUGAAAAUAGUAGUGAGAGCAAUUUAAAAAAUUUAAGCAAUAUUGUAAACGAAAGUACAAACGAAAAACUACUAGAACGUAAUUUAGAUCUUACUAAUGUAGGUUUUAAUUCUAAUAAAGACCAUAUAAAAAAUAAGACUGUUGACUAUACAUAAAUAUAUCAAUUUUAUUAUGUUUAUUUGUUGUUUCUACUAAAGCCAACUACUUUUUUCCAUAUCAUUCUGUAUUUUUAACAAAGAACUGUCUAUUGAUAUGCAAAAAACCUUUACAUGCUAAAAAACCGUUACAAAAAUUAGAUAGUCUUUCUUCAGUAUUUAUUUUGCUGUUCACAUCUAAAAUUCUAGUGAAUUCAAAAAAAUUUUAAUUUUCAAUAGUUUAUUAAAAAGGCCAAAGCCGGAUAUAAAUGUCAAAAUUUCCCCAGCGAAAACUUGAUCCCAAAUUUUGGGUACUAUUCAGCAUUACAAAAAAUGAAGAUUCGCCAAAUUUUAGCCCAAAAUAUUGACAGAUAACCUCAAAAUUCCACAAAACGUCAAAAAUCGUUUUUUGGUCAUAACUCUCUUAAUUUUUUACCAAAAAAUAUUUUGUUUGUUUCUUAAUUAUGGAUAUUUUUGGGUCCUACAAAACUAUUUUACCGAAAGUAAGAGUUGGCGGGAAAUUUAAAAUAAUUUGAGCGUUUGAAAAUUCUAAAACUUUAUGAAAACAUAAUAAAAAAUAUAGAUUGCUAUUUUAUAGUGGUACAAGC